UUUAUUUCUCUAUAGAAACCUAUUGCAAUGCGUCACUUGGUGCUCUUAUAAUAUGAAGUUCUCUGUCUUUCCUUGCAUCUUGCUUCAAUAUAUUAAUUCUAAAAUAUUUUUUGGUUCAUUUCAUUUUAUAAUACUAAGUUUCUAUUCUCUCUAUUGCUGUUCUUAAUUGAACAUGGAUUAAUUCAUAUAUCAUUGGAACUUUUUUCCAUUCUUGAUUUUUUUUUAUGAAAAGUCUAUUGAUUCUCUUUUUCUUUAUAUAUUUUCAGACAAUUUCUUUAUUGUUUAUUUGUUAACAGGUUGAACUAUAUUUAAGGGUGUUAUUGAGAUUCUACUAUUGGUCUAACUCUUUCUGGAACACAUAAGGUUGAAAUGGCUGGUAUUUAUUUGCUAGAGUUUCCACAACAUUCUUGCAAAUGGGUCUGCAUCAAUUCGAAAUGUGGUAAAAUUGAUAUGAUUUGUAAAGGACGCGUCUAAACUAAGCCACCAAAUUACGAAAAGAAGAAAAGAAAAUUUGCAACCAUGGAUGCUUUUGAAGGAUCAAAGAAUGAUAUGAAUAUUUGGAUAUUCUUUUCACAGUCUUCUGCAACCAUUUUCCACAACGGGUUUUCUGCUUCUUCACACCUAAUUUUGCUAUUAAUUCUACUCAUUUCUUGGGCUUGCAAGAGAUACAUGAUUUCUACCAUUGAAAAUUCAAAGCCAACAAUGAAGAAUACAUACUUUUUAUACUAUUGGUCAGCUCUUAUGUCUUCCAUGGGUCUGUCUUUUUGUGAUCUUCUCCUAUGUGUGUUAAACUUUCUCUUUGGGUAUAGAUAUGGUUGGUCUGAUCUAAAGGUUAUUGCCCAAUUGGAUUUGGCAUUUAGAACACUCACUUGGUCUGUGAUCUCUGCUUACUUGCACAUCCAAUUUUCUAAUUCAAGUGAGCGCAGGUUUCCCAUUAUACUAAGGAUUUGGUGGGCUUUCUACUUCCUAAUGUCUUGUUCCUAUCUUGUUAUACAUCUUAAUUCGUAUUGGAAACAUUUUCCCUUACCAAUCUUGCUAUGGGUCUCUGAUGCUGUAUCCAUUAUUGCUAGUUCAUCCCUUUGUUAUGUUGGGAUAUUUGGCAAAGAGCGAGAAGAUGGAGAUUCCCAUCUUUUGGACCCUCUUUUGAAAAGUAGUUCCAAUAAAAAAAAUGGUGACAACAGGCAAGGAUCAAGUGUCGAUGGAGAGAGUGUAACAUUUUAUGAAAAUGCUAACCUUCUUAGUAUUUUCACUUUUGCUUGGAUGGGUCCUUUGGUUGCACUUGGGUAUAAAAAAACAUUGGACCUUGAAGAUGUCCCUCAGCUCGCUAGUUGUGAUAGUGCCAAUGUAGUCUUUUCUUGUUUUAGAAAUAAAAUUGAAUAUGAUGGUAAUACCAGUGGUAAUGGUGGUCAGGUAAGAACACUCAAGCUGGUAAAGGCAUUGAUUCUCCUAACUUGGAAAGAAAUUCUAUGGACGGGUCUAUUGUCCAUUGUAUGCACAUUGGCUUCUUAUGUUGGACCAUACCUUAUUGACUCAUUUUUCCAGUAUCUAAACAGCUCUCACCAACUAAAAUAUAAAGGCUAUAUGCUAGUGUUCAUUUUCUUUCUUUCAAAGUUCAUAAAGUGCAUCUCAGAGAGACAUUUGUUCUUUCAACUGCGAAAGAUGGGAAAUAGGGUCCGUACUGCCUUGUUCGCAAUUAUCUAUGAGAAGAAUCUUAGGCUUUCAAGCCAGUCAAAGCAGGGCCACACUAGUGGGGAAAACAUUAAUUUGAUGACUGUUGAUGUUGAGAGGACUGGAUUUUUCAGUUGGUACUUGCACGAUAUAUGGAGGGUGCCUAUUCAGGUUGUUCUAGCUUUGUUGAUCUUGUACAAGAGCCUUGGCCUCGCUUCACUUGUAGCUUUUAUUGCCACAAUGAUUUUGAUGUUAGCAAAUGUUCCACUGGGAAAACUACAAGAAAAAGUUCAGGGGGAAUUGAUGGAUUCAAAGGAUCGAAGAAUGAAGGUGACAUCUGAGGCUUUGAGGAAUAUGAGGAUUCUCAAGCUCCAAGGAUGGGAAAUGAAAUUCUUGGCUAAGAUAAUUGAUCUUAGGAACUUUGAAACAAAAUCGUUAAAGAAGUUACUUUAUACAUCUGCUAUAACUGCCUUUGUCUACUCGUCAACUCCUUUGUUUGUAUCCAUUGUUACUUUUGGAUUCUGUAUGCAUAUGGGAAUUCAGUUAGACUCGGGAAAAAUUCUAUCUGCACUUGCAACAUUUGACAUAUUGCAAGGGCCCAUUUAUAAUCUCCCAGACACAAUCGCCAUGGUAGUUCAAAUUAAAGUCUCCCUUGAUAGGAUAACCUCAUUCCUCUGUCUUGAUGAUCUUCAUCAAAAUAUAGUACAUAAGCUUCCAAGAGAUAGUGCCGAAGUUGUAGUUGAGAUAGUCAAAGGGAAUUUCUCUUGGGACCUUCACUCCCCUAAUCUCACAUUAAAAGAUCUUAAUUUUCGAGUGAAACAUGGUAUGAAAGUGGCUAUUUGUGGUUCUAUUGGGUCAGGUAAAUCAAGUCUACUUUCAUGCAUAUUGGGGGAAGUGCCUAAGGUAUCUGGAACUAUUAAGUUGAAGGGGAAAAAGGCUUAUGUUGCACAAUCACCUUGGAUACAAAGUGGAAAGAUAGUAGACAAUAUAUUGUUUGGUAAAGAGAUGGACAAGGAAAGGUACGAGAUGAUCCUUGAAGCAUGUUCAUUGAAGAAGGACCUAGAAUUAUGCGCAUUUGGGGAUCAGACUAUCAUAGGAGAGAGGGGGAUCAACCUAAGUGGUGGGCAAAAACAAAGAAUCCAGAUUGCACGUGCUUUGUACCAUGAUGCUGAUAUUUAUCUACUUGAUGAUCCUUUUAGUGCUGUGGAUGCUCACACUGGAACUCAUCUAUUUAAGGAAUGUUUGUUAGGAAUUUUGGGUUCAAAAACAGUAAUUUAUGUUACUCACCAAGUAGAGUUUUUUCCUUCUGCUGAUCUUAUCCUGGUGAUGAGAGAUGGAAAGAUUACUCAAGCAGGAAAGUACGAAGAUAUUCUUAAUUUAGGCACUGACUUUAUGGAGUUAGUGGGUGCACAUAAGAAAUCUUUGGCAGAACUUAAUUCUAUCGAACAUGGGACUGCUUCGGAUAAUUUCAUUAAUGGUGAGAAAGAUGGUAAUAUGUUGUGUAGUGAGAAGUCUAUUCAAGAUAAUGAGGUAAGGGAAUCCAAUAAUUACAAAAUCGAAAAACUAGUUGAGCGAAAAGGGCAGCUUGUCCAAGAAGAAAAAAGAGAAAAGGGUGGAGUUAGUCCUUCAGUUUACUGGAAGUACGUUACGACUGCAUAUAAAGGGGCUUUUGUACCAUUGAUACUACUGGCACAAAUUCUUUUUAAGCUUCUCCUAAUAGUUAGUAGUUACUGGAUGGUGUUAGCUAAUCCCGUUUCAGAGAAUGUAAGACCUCAUAUUAGAGGAUCUACUCACAUCUUUAUCUAUAUUGGUUUAACCCUUGGAGGCUCUCUUUGUACACUUAUAAGGUCUAUGCUCAUUGUAACUGUUGGAUACAAGACAGCCACUCUGCUUUUCAACAAAAUGCAUUUGUGCAUUUUCCGUGCUCCAAUGUCAUUUUUUGAUUCUACUCCGAGUGGAAGAAUUCUAAAUCGGGCAUACAUAGAUCAAAGUGCAGUUGAUACAGAAAUUCCACGUAAAUUUGAAGAACUUCUUAUUUCAAUCAUAGGAUUUUUGGGAACUGUUGCAGUAAUGUCACAAGUUGCAUGGAAAAUGUUGAUAGUUUUUAUUCCAAUGACUGUGGCAUGCAUUUGGUACCAGCAAUACUAUAUAUCUGUAGCACGGGAACUGUCACGAUUGGCUGGAGUAUGUCAGGCACCAAUUAUACAACAUUUUGUUGAAUCUAGUUUAGGUUCAACCACUAUCAUGUGCUUUGAUCAAGAAAAGAGGUUUAUAGACACAAAUCUCAAGUUGGUGGAUGGGUAUUUUCGGCCCAAGUUUUAUUUCUCUGGUGCAAUAGAGUGGUUAUGCUUCCGUAUGGAUAUGUUGGCAUCAAUCACAUAUGCCAUCUUUUUGGUUUUCUUGAUAUCAGUGCCGAAAGGAGUACUUAGUCCUGGUGUUGUAGGUUUAGCAGUCACAUAUGGGCUUGGUUUCAGUAUGCAUGGGGUCAUAUGGGAUCUUUGUGGUCUUGAGACUAAAAUAAUAUCUAUUGAGAGAAUACUGCAGUACGUCUGCAUCCCUAGUGAACCUCCUCUGUUGGUAGAAGAAAAUAAGCCAAGUCAAGAAUGGCCAUCACAAGGAAAAGUUGAUAUUGUUGAUCUGCAAGUCCGGUAUGCCCCACAUCUUCCUCUUGUCUUGCGAGGUCUCACAUGUACUUUUCCGGAAGGGAUUAAGAUUGGUAUCGUUGGACGAACAGGAAGUGGUAAAUCAACUCUCGUACAGGCUCUCUUUCACAUGCUUGAACCUACAGCCGGUCAUAUUUGGAUAGAUGGUAUCAACAUUUUCAAGAUUGGCCUUCAUAAUUUGCGGUCAAGAUUGAGCAUCAUCCCUCAAGAUCCAACAAUGUUUGAGGGAACUCUAAGAAGCAAUCUUGACCCGCUUGAAGAAUACACUGAUGAACAGAUCUGGGAGGCUUUAGAUAGAUGCCAGCUUGGUGAUGAAGUUAGAAAGAAGGAAGGGAAGCUUGAUUCUUCAGUGACUGAGAAUGGAGAGAAUUGGAGCAUGGGUCAAAGGCAGCUAAUAUGUUUAGGACGCGUAUUACUCAAGAGGAGCAAAGUGUUAGUACUCGAUGAAGCUACUGCAUCAGUGGAUACUGCGACUGACUAUCUCAUUCAGCAAACCCUUAGGCAACACUUCUCAGGGUCUACUGUCAUCACAAUCGCACAUAGGAUAACAUCAAUUCUUGAUAUCGAUAUGGUCCUUCUCCUCGAUAAUGGUCUUAUAUUGGAGUAUGAUUCCCCAACCAAAUUGCUAGCGAUAAAGUCCUCGUCAUUUGCAAAGCUUGUUAAGGAGUAUACUCGAAGAUGUAACUCCUAGUUUUUGAAAGGUUAAAUGAGUAAGUUUUGAAUGGUUAGAUGUAAACAGAUUGCAUUAGACUAAGGUGCAUUAUUUUUUGAGUAUG